AUGUCCCAACAAACGAAAGAUACCACAACGUCACACAGUCGCCAACAGGGACAGCAGGAGCAACAAUUCAACAUCCUUCCUCACCCUGCUAAAUCUAACGACCCAGCAGACUUGGUUGGGCGUGACGCGGGUUUGACAAGUAAGCCUGAGUUCCACGCCUACCACGCUCGAGACCCGCAUGUGCCUAGCAAGGACAUCGUCAAUGGCCUCGAAGCCCCAUUGAGUCGUGAAGAACUUCAUAGAAGGGCCGAGGAACUCAACAAGAAGUAG